AUGGAAGUGUUCAUAUUCUUUGUCUGGACACAGGGGCCAUUCCCUGUUUUUCUUCCUUGCUCUCUCUCUCUCUCUCUCUCUCAUUUUCCUUCCACUCUUUUGGCCCAUUCAUCUUCUUUCCUUUCUUCCUUCCUUCCUCUCUGUAAUCUCAUUCAUUUCCUCCUCUCUCUCUCUCUGCUCAUUCAUUUCCCUCCCUCUCUCUCUCUCUGCUCAUUCAUUUCCCUUCCUCUCUCUCUCUCUCUGCUCAUUCAUUUCCCAUUGUCUCCCCUCAUUCAUCCCUGCCCUCUCUCUCUCUUAACUCAUUCAUUUGCUUCUUUCUCAGCUCAUUCAUCCCCCCCUACCUCUCUCUCUUGGAUCAUUCAUCCCCCCCCCUCUCUCUCUCUCUUGGUUCAUUCAUUCCCCCUCUCUCUCUCUUGGUUCAUUCAUUCCCCCCUCUCUCUCUCUUGGUUCAUUCAUUCCCCCCUCUCUCUCUCUUGGUUCAUUCAUUCCCCCCUCUAUCUCUCUUGGUUCAUUCAUUCCCCCUCUAUCUCUCUUGGUUCAUUCAUUCCCCCUCUAUCUCUCUUGGUUCAUUCAUUCCCCCUCUAUCUCUCUUGGUUCAUUCAUUCCCCCCUCUAUCUCUCUUGGUUCAUUCAUUCCCCCCUCUAUCUCUCUUGGUUCAUUCAUUUCCUUCUCUCUCUUGGCUCUUUCACCCCCUCUCUCUCUCUUUUGGCUCAUUCAUUCCCUUCUUUCUCUUUUGGCUCUUUCACCUCCCUCUCUCUCUCUCAGCUCAUUCAUUUCCCUUUUUCUCUUUCACAUCCUUCAUCUUCCUAUUUUUUCCCUCUCUCUUGGCCCACUCAGUUUCCUUUCUCCCUCUCAGCCCAUUCCUUUUUCCAUUUUCUCCCAGCCCAUUUUUCUUCUUUCUUUCUUUCUCUCUCUUUCUUUUGGACCAUUUAUCUUACAUUCAGCCAAUUUAUUUCUCUCCCUCCCUUUCUCUCUCUCAGUCUGUUGAUCAUCUUAUCUCUCUCUAUCUCUCUACACAUUCAUUUCCCCCGAUCAGCUUUUGUUAUAAAUCUUUGUAGCCUUGUUACCCUUAUACCUAUUCUCUCUCUUAGUCAUGGUGGGGCUUUAAGAAUCAGAAUUGGGGUUCAAAACAAAUUAGUAAGUAUAGUUUAG